AACGCGUGUAUAUAUUCUACAAGAUUCCUCUGCGUGUAGACGUCGUUCCUCUUCUGCCACCCAAUUAUCUCUCUCUAUCAAGCUUUCAUUUCUCCGCACUCGACCGCCUUUUAUUUCCUCUCUCUAGGGUUUUAACGAGUGGGCAAAGGGGGAAAAUUAGUGACUACUGCAAUUAAUUCACGCAGAUUGAUUUUGGGGAAAUUCAUACCCAUGUUACCAGAAAUUAGGAAUUUAAUUCCGCCGCUCUCUACUUUGAUCCUUCAACUGCUUUCUUCGUCUAUCAUGGAUUAAAUCCCCUCCUUCCUUCGGGUGGCAAGUCCUGGGAUGGAAGUGUACAAAGUUCCUGAUCAAGGACUUGCUGAUACUUACCUGAUUCAAGGUGCUGAGUCAAACCCACAGCCUGAUCAGUUUGGACUAUACGGAUCCAUGUAUAACGAGGGAGCACCUGACUAUAUUAUCGACCAGGGCUUGUAUUAUCCUACUGGAACCAACUAUGGGUACAUCUGUACAGGCUAUGAACCAACCAUGGAGUGGGAAGAUCAGCAUAGGUUUUUCGGUGUAGACAAUCAAGACAUUCAUUAUACAGUUGCGGCAAAUGAGAACAUGCCAUAUGCAUAUUAUUCUCCCAAUUAUGGAUAUGGGCAAACUCCUUUUAACCCAUACAAUCCUUAUAUUCCUGGUGCUGUAAUAGGAGCUGAUGGAUCAAUUAUACCAGCACAACAAUACUAUGCCCUUCCCUCAUAUGAAAAUCCUGUAACAUCGGCGUCAUACCUGCCUGUAGUUUUCCAGCCAAGGCCUGAUGUUGUUGCUAAUGGGACUGUAGAUUCAUUCAUUGAUACUGGUGGAUCUUUUAACAAGGCUGAUGGUCUAGGUUCUAAACGUAAUUCGGCUCAGAAUACUCCUAAUUCCUCAUUAAGCGCAAUGGGUGAUGCCUCUGGUCGAAAAAACUCCUUCGUGAAGACGUCUGAAGGUAGGGUGAAUGUGGGGACUGGCAAGCAGCAUCCAUCAAGUAAUACUUCUGGUAGUAUUACAAGUCAAGCUGCACAGCAGAUUUCCCAGAUUAGAGGCCCUCAAGGCACAGAGAAUGGUUUACGUGGUAAAGCAUCAGCUGUCAGUAGUCAGUUGAAGACUGCUUUUACCUCUGGAAAUGGAUCAUCUACUUUCGAAUCGAGCAAUUAUUCUCAUGCAUCUGUAAAUAAAGUGAAGCCCAACAUAUUCAGUGGGAGGGCUCUUGAUGAAAGAGCUGGUCCUGAUAUAUUGAGCAACCAGAAUAGUGAGUCCAGGAUGAGCAAAUCAAAGAAUCAAUUGGUUGUUAAAGCCUAUACUACAAGGGCUGGAAAUCCUGAUGCACAAGGAAACAUCAUUAUCUCUAGAGAUCAUUAUAACAGAAUUGAUUUUCCAGUGGAAUAUGCAAAUGCAAAGUUUUUCGUAAUCAAGUCAUAUAGCGAGGAUGAUGUGCAUAAGAGUAUCAAGUAUAAUGUGUGGUCGUCCACUCCCAAUGGAAACAAGAAGCUUAAUGCUGCAUAUGAAGAUGCCAAGAGAAUAUCUGUUGGAGACUCUAGAGGCUGCCCCAUCUUCCUCUUCUUUUCUGUCAGUAAUUGUUUUUGCACACUAUACUUAAAGCUACUUCCUAAUGAUUUGUUUGAUGUUUUUAUGAGAUUGAGUAUUUUAUUAACCUUAAUUCAUGUGAUGGUAUUGACUGAUACAUUCUCUCUCUGUGAAAUUAAGGUUAAUGCUAGUGGCCAGUUCUGUGGUAUUGCAGAAAUGACUGGCCCAGUGGAUUUCCAUAGAGAUAUGGAUUUCUGGCAGCAAGAUAAAUGGAGCGGAAGCUUUCCUGUGAAGUGGCACAUCAUAAAAGAUUUGCCAAACCCAAAUUUUAGGCACAUCAUAUUGGAGAACAAUGAGAACAAGCCAGUGACUAACAGCAGAGACACACAAGAGAUAAGCUUCAAGAAGGGCUUGGAAAUGCUUAAAAUAUUCAAAGGUCAUACGUCAAAGACAUCCCUACUUGAUGACUUCAUGUACUAUGAAAAUCGACAGCGGAUUUUGCAGGGAGAGAGAGCUAGGCUUUUCAUUAAGAGCUAUGAAAAUCCAUAUCUUGGUCCAUUAUUGGAUCCUCCUCGCAAGCUUCAGACGGUUCACGAUUUUCCCCCUAUUAGCGAUGUAAAUGCUGCCAAACAAAAUACCAAUAAUUCAAGUAUGGCGAACAAAAAGGAAGUUCCUUCAAGUGCUGUGUCAACUUGCUCCACGAACGACCAUGUUGAGCCCAAAGGGAAAAAUUCCUCGGGUACUAAUCCAUACAAUGUAGCAAGUGUCCCUGGGAGCUGUGAAGGCUUAGUGGAUAAAGUGCCGAAUGCAGUUGAUGAACUUAAAAUUAGCGGAUUGAACAUACAUUCAGAUGAGCCGGGUUCAGGGCCUACUGGGGCAGUAUCUAACAAAACAAACAGUGAGAUGGUAAAUGUUGUCACUAUAGGGUCAAUGCCGGUCAAAGUUGUUGAUACGGAGUCUUCUGGUUUUUUGACAGUCGGAACAAUUCCUCUGGAUCCAAGAAAUCUCCUACAUGAGUAGGUGAAGGGGGACGGUGCAUUUGUGGGGGGGGGGGGUUAUGCUGCAUGAAGGUGGAUUUGGAUGGUUUACCUAAUUGUUUGAAAUGUUGUUUACAAAGUCCCCGGGGAGCUCUGCGUUUCUAUUGUAUAAUUGAGUGUAUCAUACUCGGUCAUGGCUUCUGUUUUGGAAUUUCAGCAUCAGAACCUCCGGGGGUGGAUGGCGCACAGUUUUCUUCAUCUCUCUUUCGUCUGGGUGAGAAGAAUGAAGAGAUUCCAUUUAACUAAAUUGAAACGUUAAAUACUGAUGUUAUUUUUUUCCAUUUUCUUUAGCGGGAGUGGGGUGGCCUUGGUCUUUUGGCUGAGGGUGAUGCUGCUUUUCUAUUUCCCGUUUAACUCCUUGUUUUUUGCCUUUUGGUUUCCAUCUUUACAGAAGUUAUAUCCAAGAGAAAAAGAAAAUAAAAAAUUUACGUUCAUGCA